AUGGACAGGAUUUUCUCUGCCUUGCUGCUCUCUUUACUGCUCCUCCUCCAGAGCUACACCGUGUGUGGGGCCCCUCUGCAGCCCAGAGGCACCCUGUGCAGGACCAAACCCACGGACCUGGUGUUCAUCAUCGACAGCUCCCGCAGCGUCCGCCCGCACGAGUUCGAGAAGAUCAAAGUCUUCGUGUCCCGCGUGAUCGAGGGGCUGGACGUGGGGCCCAACUCCACCAGGGUGGGGGUCAUCAACUACGCCAGCGCCGUCAAGAACGAGUUCUCCCUCAAGACCUACCACACCAAGGCCGGGCUCCUGCAGGCCGUGAGGAGGAUCGAGCCGCUCUCCACGGGCACCAUGACCGGCCUGGCCAUCCAGUUUGCCAUCAGCAGGGCCUUCACUGACUCCGAAGGGGGCAGGGUGAGGUCUCCCAAUUUUAAGAAGGUGGCCAUCGUGGUGACGGACGGGCGGCCCCAGGACGGGGUGCAGGACGUGGCCGCCCGUGCCAGGGCUGCGGGCAUCGAGAUCUUCGCCAUCGGGGUGGGCAGGGUGGACAUGCCCACGCUGAGGCAGAUCGCCAGCCAGCCCCUGGAUGACCACGUGGACUAUGUGGAGAGCUACAGCGUCAUUGAGAAGCUGACCCAGAAGUUUCAGGAAGCUUUCUGUGUGGUGUCUGACCUGUGUGCCACUGGAGACCACGACUGUGAGCAGAUCUGUGUGAGCACCCCAGGAGCCUACAAAUGUGCCUGCAAGGAGGGCUUCACCCUCAACAACGAUGGCAAGACCUGCAGUGCUUGCAGUGGUGGGCUGGGAUCUGCUCUGGAUCUCGUUUUCCUGAUCGAUGGCUCCAAGAGUGUGAGGCCUGAGAACUUUGAGCUGGUGAAGAAGUUCAUCAACCAGAUCGUGGACUCGCUGGAGGUGUCGGACAAACAGGCCCAAGUGGGGCUGGUUCAGUACUCCAGCUCUGUCAGGCAGGAGUUUCCCCUGGGGCAGUUCAAGAACAAGAAGGACAUCAAAGCAGCAGUGAAGAAAAUGUCCUACAUGGAGAAAGGGACCAUGACAGGCCAGGCUCUGAAGUACCUCGUGGACAGCUCCUUUGCCAGCAUCAAUGGGGCCAGGCCCGGCGUGCCCAAGGUGGGCAUUGUCUUCACUGAUGGCAGGUCCCAGGAUUACAUCACAGAUGCUGCCAAAAAAGCCAAAGACUCAGGCUUUCGGAUGUUUGCGGUGGGAGUCGGCAACGCCGUGGAGGAUGAGCUGAGGGAAAUCGCUUCCGAACCGGUGGCUGAGCACUAUUUCUACACUGCUGACUUCAGGACCAUCAGCAAGAUCGGGAAGAAGCUCCAGAUGAAGAUCUGUGUUGAGGAAGAUCCCUGUGAAUGUAAAUCCAUCGUGAAAUUCCAGACCAAAGUCAAAGAUCUCAUCAAUUCAUUGCAGCAGAAAUUGGAAGCUCUGGCAAAAAGGAUCGAGGCCCUGGAGAACAAGAUCAUCUAAAGUCCCAGCACAGGAUUUUUUACCUCCUUCCUAGAACUCCUCCCCUUGUCAGGGAGGGCAGCUCAGCCACAGAGCUCUGGCCAGCUUGUAUUUGAGUUCUAGAAUACCUGCAUUUGUUUAAAAGGGAAGAAAUAUAACAGUAGAGCAUUGUAUAAUGGGCAGAGCACUGUGUGUUGCAUCAUGUAGAGUGCAUAUAUUAAAAGGAAAAAAAAAUCUGCAAAGAUUUGUUUUUGAUUUAAAGCUUAAUAUAUAUAUGUGUGUUAAUAAGUCCUGGAUGAUGAGCUCUGUGAAUCCUCGCUGUGUUCUUCUGCAGCUUCUGUUUCUGUGCAUGAGAUAAUUUAAUUUAAAAGUCAAAGUGACUUCAAAUCACCUCGGC